CUUCUAAUUGAAUUAAAAUUUUUUUGCUUUAUCCAAAUCAUAAACAAUAUUUUUCGUUUGAAAAUAGUGAAUUUAGCCUUGUUAGCGUUUUUGUAGUGUAGCGUUUUCAUAGAGUAGGGUUUUUGUAGGGUAGCGUUUAAACAGAUACCCCCCCCCCCACCCACUCAGCGUAAAAGGGAGAUCCUAAUGCGCAUAAUUUUGGUUUCUAAACACGCAUUAAACCUUUGACCGGCCCCUUGAGGACCUGGACUACGCAUCCAGUAGUAAUAGUUGUAUCCUAAUCCUUGGGUAUUGAUAGUUGUUGUUUAGAGAAGGAAUCAAGAAGAACUAUUCAGUUUGGUGAAUCGAAGAUUCCACAGUUUAGAUAACUUAUCAGAAAACACCAAAGGUGUACAAAGAAGACACGUUCAGUGGGACAGAAAUAUUUGUUCUCCUCCCCAGAUUGUAUCCAGGGAGAAACCUUUACAGUAUCCAACUAGCACCUGGAGAACUAAACCAGAGAGAAGAUCCCGUCCUCUGAUACAGUCUUUAUCCAUUCAACCUUAUCAUAAAGACUGUUUGCAAGAAGGAACCCGGAGAAGAGAAGACAGGAGAGCAUCCUUCCCAACCGAACCAAGGAGAACUCCAGUACGAGUAGUUAACAAGAACAAAUAUCACGGAGAUUGUUUAUCUGAGACCCAAGGAUCUAAAUAUGUAAACCGUAAGGCACCACAUCCAACUCUUCCAAGAAAACCUCUGGUUACUGUUCAUAGUUUUGAAGGAUUCCACUCUGCCUGCAAUAUCAAAGCAAACAAAAUUCGUGCUAGAAGUUGCUCUGCUCCAACCCAACCCAGAGAACCAAUUGUGAGGAGUAUAGAGCCGGGAAGGUUUCAUUCUAGAUGCUACCUAGAACCUAACCCUGUUACUACCAGUGCUUUGGUCCCAUCUCCAACAGUACCUAGAGUGCCGGAGGAGAGAAGAGUCCAACCAGGAAAAUUCCAUUCUUUGUGCUUUAGAGAAGUGACUCGAACCGAAACCAAGAAAAGAGUUCCAGCUCCGACUGUUCCUAAACCAACCCUAGAGAAGAGUUUUAUACCUGGACGAUAUCACGCUAAUUGCUAUACACUAGCCUAAAACCUAUCUCCGAGAAAUAUGGAUCCAAACCCAAUCCAAGAUAUUCAAAACAUCAAGUUAUUAGAAACAACUUCCUCUGAAGAAGAUUUGGCAAGCUCAGGGGUAGAAGAUAAGACUUCAAAGCACAAGGUUAGCUCGACAGAUAGAUAUCAUGAAUCCUGUCUCAAGGAAUGUGACCAUCCUUCUCACAUGAAGAAAGGGGCAGCUUCUGCCAACGUUCACAAGGUUCAAAAGGAGAAGGUUUUCCAUCCUGAUAAAUAUCAUGAAUCUUGGCUAAAAGAUUGUAAACAUAUAACUGAGGAGAAUGUCCAUGUCCACAGCUGGAAGGAACCUUCCCCAACGGUUCCAAGAAAGUCUCCGGUUUGUGAACAUACCACUUCUAGGUUCCAUGAACACUGUAUGGACAGAAGCAGUUCUCCGUUUGAAGGCGACAUUUCACAUCAUGAUUUAUAUAGAGUUCUUUCUCCAACCAUCCACAAGGUUCCAAAGGAGAAGGUUUUCCACCCAGAUAAAUAUCAUGAAUCCUGUCUCAAGGAAAGCAAAUGUUCUGCUAUCGGAGAUAAUGUUCAUGUUCACAGCUGGAAAACCCCUCCGCCGACGGUUUCAAGAAAAUCUCCGGACCGUAAACAUUCAACAUCAAAGUUUCAUGAACAUUGUACAGAUCGAAGCAGUUCCCCAUUUGAUGAAGAUUUCUCCGAUCAUACUAAUACUAGGAAAUUUAAAUUCAUCUCUCCAGCAGAGCACAGAAUUCCAAAAGAAAGGGUUCUCCAUCCUGAUAAAUAUCAUGAAUCCUGUCUCAAGGAAUGUGACCACUGUCAUCGUAUGAAGAAGGGGUUGGUUUCUCCGACCAUUCACAAGAUUCCCAAAGAGAAGGUUUUCCAUCCUGAUAAAUAUCAUGAAUCCUGUCUCAAGGAAUGUGAUCACUCUCAUCAUAUGGAGAAGGGAUUGGUGUCUCCGACCAUUCACAAGGUUCCCAAAGAGAAGGUUUUCCAUCCUGAUAAAUAUCAUGAAUCCUGUCUCAAGGAAUGUGAUCACUCUCAUCAUAUGGAGAAGGGAUUGGUGUCUCCGACCGUGCACAAGGUUCCAAAAGAGAAGGUUUUCCAUCCUGAUAAAUAUCAUGAAUCCUGUCUCAAAGAAUGUGACCAUCCAUAUCAUAUAAAGAAGGGAUUGGUGUCUCCGACCAUUCACAAGGUUCCCAUAGAGAAGGUUUUCCAUCCUGAUAAAUAUCAUGAAUCCUGUCUCAAGGAAUGUGAACAUACUGAGGAGAAUGUCCAUGUCCACAGCUGGAAGGAACCUCCCCCAACUGUUCCAAGAGAACAUGUUGAGAGGAAGCAUUGUGAAUCUAUGUAUCAUGAAAAUUGCCAGCAUAAGGAAGAGGAACCCGAAUACCAAGGACCGAGAGAGAAACAAUUAUUUCUCUAAUAUUUUAUAUAUUUGUAUUUUGUGAGAUCUAUAAUCAUAAACUUUCAUGUUACUGCAGUACAAAGUUUAGUAUCCCCGCUUCCAAACUAGCAUUAAUCAUUUUUAUAAAUAAUGACAAUAAUAUUAUAAAAAUAAAUUUAUACUUUUAACAAACUAUUUAUAUAUUUACUAGGAUAGCAAAGUUUAGUUGAAAGAUGUAAACUA